AUGUCUAAAUCAAGAGUUGGUCCUAAAUUACUGCUCUAACUUAAUAUAAGAAUAGGACCAGAUGAUGAUAUAGUGCCUGAUGAACCGUUUUGUUAAGUUUAAAAUUAAACUGUGUUGAUUAAAGAAUAAUAAAGGUAUGAUGCAAAAGGAAGGUAGAUUAAAAAAGGCAAAAAUUACUCAAUAGAAUUUGAUAAUUGUGUAACAGUUUGUGUAUAUGAUCCAAAUGAUGAAGUCUUAUAAAUUAAAGAAACUCUUUCUUAACUCUCAAAUCUUGAUAUAAUAAAGGUUAGCUUUAGAAACUAACAUUAUAUUAACAAUAAACAAUAAUAAACUGACUAAUAAUUGAGGCCAAUUUUGAAAAGAAAAAACUCUUCACAUUUAAAUGUAUAGAAAUGA